AUGGUACAGACAUUCUCCACACGCCAGGCGACCCGUUUCAUCGACGCCUUUGGGCAGGUGGGAAUCUGCGAUUUCCUGGUCCGAGUCUCCUUCUGGAUGGACAACGAGCUGCGCGUAGGCGCGGUCGCCGAGGGUGAAGAUCAGCAAUUGACUCGGGAUCGAAUAUGGGCUGAGGACGAGGCUCUCGCGGGUGAGGCAUCGGUCAUUGAGAAUCGGGAUUUAAUUUUCAUGCGCACAAAGAGCACGACUGAGCUUGAGGCGGAUCAGUCGUUGUUUGAUGCACCUGGUCGUUUUGUGAAAGCUCCAUCGGAUGCGACGUUUCGUCAUUCAAUCCUCCCCAACAAAUCCCUUCUUUUCCGUUUCUCAGCGCUCACUUUCAAUGCGCAUUCAAUCCAUCUGGAUCGGCAAUACACGCAAAAGGAAGAAGGGUAUCGUGAUCUUUUAGUCCAUGGGCCACUGACCUUGACGCUUCUCUUAAGCGUUCUUGGGCGCCAUUUCAAGGAUCUGGGGCUACGGGUAGAGAGUAUCGACUACAAAAAUCUUGCGCCUCUCUUCGUAGACGAAGCCAUGACAGUUUGCGCAAAGCCGAAACUUAGUGGGACUUGGGAUGUUUGGAUUGAGGGGCCUGGGGGUAGUCUCGCUGUACGGGCCUCAGUGAAGAGUAGCAAUGCACAAGAUGCAAUCUAA